AUCUGCUUGUGAGGUCGGGUGACAAUCAGAGCAGAUAAUGACAGCUAACCUGACACUCUUGAAUCCAAGUGAGUCGUCAGGCAUUUAAUUGUGGUCUCGCAUUUCCCUUAUCUGAAGUCUGAUAACGCUGAGAAGUAUUUGGGUAAAUAUUUCGGCAGAUGAACGUACAUCGACUGCGGAUCAUUUUACGAAGUCUGUAGAUUUGAUGCUAAGCCAUGGCCGUGCUCCCUCCCGACCCCGUUUUCAAUAUCCGUGCUCCUGAUAUGGGGCCCGUGCAUUCGUUGUGCUUUCACCAGGACGAAAGACUUUUGGCCGGCACCGAAAAUGGGACCGUUCACCUGUGGGACUUGCAAACUAACCGCUCGGCGCACCAGCUGCACGUCGGAUCAAAGGCCAUAAUAUCCUUGAGUAGCACCGACGAGGUGCUGGUUACGCAAGAAAAAGGAGGAAUUACAAAAUUGUGGGCGCUUACAAACUCGGGGUACGACACACGGACAACGAUUAUUACAAACCAUCCAGCGUUUUGUAGAAACGAACUUAUACAGGAUCGUGGAUUGGUAGUGUGCCCGAAGGGUGAGAACGAGGUGUCGGUGUUUUCCUUAGGCGGCGGUGAAGAAGCCCUCAAGCUGUCGACGACAGGUCCCACUCAACUGGGCUCAGUCUCUUGUCUAAAAUCUGCUGACAUCAACGGACAACUGUACAUAAUGACAGGAUACGAAUCCGGCGAUUUAUUAACGUGGGACUUGAGAGUAUGCAAGCCUAUCAAUCAGGAGCACUUGGCAGACGACUGCCUGAUGGCGGUCGACUAUGAUCCUUAUACAAAUCGAGGAGUUUGUGCAGGCCCCACGGAUAAAAUUGCUGUGUUCGCCUACCAGAAACCGACUAUGGAAAUAUCCAAAAAGUUUGAUAUCACAAUAAAGAACGCGGGGAUAAACUGCUUGAAGAUUCGUGCCGACCAGAAAGUGUUCGCUUCAGCAGGCUGGGACGGGCGCAUACGAGUGUUUUCUUGGAAAAGUCUGCGGCCAUUGGCUGUCCUUACGGAGCACAAACAGGGCGGUGUAAUGGAUUUGGCUUACUCGAACGGGAAGGUGAGCAUGUGGAAUGCACCCAUUAUGGCAGCUGCAGGCAUGGAUUGCCAGAUCACUCUUUGGGACUUAUACAAUUAAUGCAACUAGUGCUAACGAGAAAUUGCAUUACUUGUUAUUUAUUUACCAAGUUAAGUUACGAUUAGCUGUAAUUUUAAAAUUGAUUUUGCUUCUCGUUCCGAAGAGUUGUUUCUGUGUUCUCGGACUCUAGGUUGAUAGUUUUCUAUUUUCGUACAGAAAUACAGUCGUUUUCGGUUAA